AUGGCAACCCACACCGACGAAGAGUCUACUCUUCCCCCCAACAACCCCAUCACUAUCAGCACCGGUGAAGUCCUCUCUCUUCUGGGUGCCCUCAUAACCCUGAAGCUUCUCCACGCUGUAGUAUUCCUAUUUCGCCUUGACAGAAGCCGGAAACGACCCUUGAAAAGCCCAGUCACUCGCGCUGUCAUUCGCAGAGAGCAGCUUAUUAUCAAUAUUUUCUUAUCCAUCAUGCCCGAGGGAGUCUUCCGCUCGCCCACAAUCCCGGAUGCAAUUGAGUUAGCACAUUUUCCAUUGGUUGAUGGCCAUGCAGACGAGAGUCGGACAUCGUCUGACAUGCGGAGCCCUCUUAUUCAUACCUCACCUUGUAUACCAACUGGAUUUCGUCUGUGGCAGUGCGGAUCAUGCCGCGGCGUGGAAGCUUUUCCUCCCAGUCUUCAACGCCCAGGGAUAGCACAUGCAGCAAGCGAAAGCAGCAGUGCACAGCAGUUACUCGGCGCCAACGAAGAUGAAGAACGAAGAAGUUUAUCCGUCACUCAUACCGAGUCUCCUAGCGUGAACCAGGAGAGCGUAUCUACUUUGAACCCGGAGUACACUGCAUCCAGGCCUGAGAGACAGCAGUUGAGUCCUGUCGGUCGGCCGUUAUCUAUGGACUCUGUUGGGCUGCCUCUGAUGAACGACUCCCCUACGAUCAUGAUAAUAGAGGAGGGAUCAAGGUCGCCUCGGUCGACGGAGGGCUAUUCUGGAAGGUAUUCUAUCAGUGAAGGGUCGUAUGGUAAUAAUUUGUCUAUGACGCCGCAUUGUACGAGAGGUCGGAGUGCGACUUCAGUUCGGCCAUUUUCGGACCUGUGA